GGCACAGGCACUGGGGGCAGGGGCACAGGGCAAUGGGGUGGGGCAGAGAGCACUGUGUAUUUGACAUGUACAUGGGGGCCGGGGGCAGUAGAUUCCCUCACUGGGAAACCUGUGCACUGGCAAUGCCUGGGGCAGCGUGUGCAGGCAGCACUGGCCGUCAGCACCUUCCUGGUGCAUGUACGGAGCGCGCAGGCCUGGGCUGUGCUCAGUGUGCACAGCGCAGCGUGCGCAGGAGGCAGCACACUGGUGGUGUGUCCAGCAUGGUUUGCACAAGCCCUGUACUUGCAGUGCACAGGGUUCCUGGGCCACGUUGUGAUGCAUGCACACACAGUGCACCUAAGGCCGUGGAUGCUGCCAGCAUGCUGGCAGCAGCCACAGAGCCGUGCACAGGCAGUGAGCUCAGUGCAGCGCAGCGUGCGCCAGCAGCGUGCUCGCGCUGUUUUCGGUGGUGCUGCAGGAGUGUGCUCGGUGCAGUGCACGUGUAGGCAGCUUGCUCGCAGCACAGGCAGGGGGCGUGCUGGCCAUGUACCCCGAACGGGGCACCCAUGCAGCACACCCCAGUAUGCUCAGAGUGAUGGCUGCAGGCUGGGUGUGGGGCAAUGCCCAGACAGCACGCACAGAGCAUGCACUGGCAGCGUGUGCAGUGCAGUGUGUGGCAGUGCUCAGUGUUGUGCCCGCCAGCAGCACGCUCUCUAUGGGCUUGGGGAAGGACACAAGCAGGGAGCAGCAGCACUUGUGGUGUCCAGGCAGUGCAGUGGGCACUGACACUGCAUUGCAUAGCCCCUGCACCACCCACUCAUGCCACAUGUGGGGAGCGAUCUCGUUUUAGGAGCUUCCCGAGGGCAGUGGUGCUGGGGAUAUGUAGGAUGUGGGAGUAUGGUAGUACCCCUACUCACCCCUAGGCACUUGGUGCCUGGACAGUCCUCUGCUGCCACCCUGGCUGUCCCCAUGGCUCAGUUCCCUCCUGAGGGACCCUGCUGAGCACCACCUGAGCAGGGUGGCCUGUGUGACACUGGUGUCUGUCCCUGUCACAGGUGGCCUCAGCAGCACCAUCCCAUCUCUGACCCCAGCACACAAAGGUGCAGGUGCUCCCCGUGAGAUGCUGCAAAGCCCUGGCUCCUCCUGCCCCCCCACUGCGCAGCCGCCCCACCAGCCUCCCCAUGCACCCACGCUAUCCUCGCAGAGGAGGAAUAAUUCGGGGAAACCAUAGCAACCCUGGGCGGCACUGGGGAUGCCAGCACCGCUGCUGUCCCCGGGUUCCCCCACCAGCACAGCCUCACGUGGCUCUGCAGGCAGGGGAUGCUGCUGGGGCGGGCGGGGGAGGACGUGCCCUUGUGGUGUAACUGGAGCAGGUGUAACACACGCUCCCCUCUACAUGUGCCCCACUCUGUAAUGCAGUGCCCAUGGCCCCAGGGCAUGGGGGAGCACGCAGUGGCUCCACGGGUCUGGGGCUGGCUGUGGUUGAAGGAUCCACCUCACUGCUCCCUCUGCCCCACAGCCCCAGCAGCUGCCCGUCCUCAUGGACGGGGUUCCCGGGACCCUCACGUGCCUCUUUUAUUUUGCAGUGCUGGGAUGGAGCCACCACGGGGCCUUCGGCCAGCUCAGCCCACCCACACUAUCCCUGCUGCGGCCGGACCAGGGCCAGCUGCCUUCCUCUGAGGCCAUCUGAAGGGGACUGGCGAUAGAAGUGUCACUUUUAAGAUGACACGAACAGAUCCACCUGAUAUCCUAGUGUCUACGGUGUACCAAGACAUAAAGGUGGCCUCCACAGCCCCUGGGGAUUCGAUCGUCCGCCAGCCCCUGCCACGAUGUGAUGCCUCCAUGUCCUCCUCCCUGCCCCACGAGCCGCAGCCCUUCAACAAACGUCACUGUAGGAGCUUUGACUUCCUCGAGUCGCUGGACGAGCAGCUGGGCACCCCCCCAGCCAUGGAACGCCCCUGCCCACAUCCUGGAACUCUCGAGCCUGCGCCAGGGCUGCCAGGCAGGCGCGCGCCUCCGAAGCCAGACCCCUACAGUGGCAGGGCUGCCCCGCCAGCCAGGGAAGCUUCCCGGGGUGAGCCGAAGAGGCGAGCCCGGUCCAAGAGUGCACCACGGGUGAAGUCCACCUUCACGCCAGUGCCCAUCGCUGUCACAGCAUCACCACCACCAGCCCGGCGUGGGCGGGAGGCGCUGCGGGUGGUGCGGGAGACGUCCCGUGCCGAGCCUUCACCGCGCCGCGAGAGCCACAUGCCCCUGCGGGCGCUGGCCAACGAGGUGCACCCCAUCAAGCUGCAGCCACAGCGCAGCAGUGUCAGCCGCAUCUCCCCACUCUGCGUGGGCAGCAACUGCUUUGAGGAGGGGCUGGGCACCAAGGUGGGCGCAAGCCCCCAUGUCAAGUGCCGGGUGGAUAUCAAGCCAGAUGAGGCGGUGCUGGUGCACACCACUCGCAGCCUGCGGGCCACACACAGCAGGCCAGAGCCACCGCGCUGGCCCCGCACGCCUGGGGCUGCCCGCAGCCUAGCGGUGCCAGGGAGCAGGCAGGUGUCCGUGUCCCGCACGCCCACCCCAAGUGACUCCUACAGUGGGGAGCCCCCGCUCCUGCCCUACCCUGGAGAGUACUACGAGGUGGACCCCCGGGCGCUGGCAUACCAGACGGUGCCAGUGCCAUCUUCACGGGAGUUCAGGGAGUACCCCGAGAGGGGCUGCAUGACCUUCUCAGCCCCCAGCGUCCCCACCAAGUUCUUCUACGCAGAGGAACCAGUCCGGUGCCCCAGCCCCACUGUGCCCCUGCGGAGCUCGGGCUAUGCCAGCUACCCCUACCCCGGGCGCCAUGGCCCUCCGCAGCACUUUUAUGCAGAGGACCCAGCCAAAGCCGGUGUCCACACGGUGCCACCCCGGACGUUGUACGUGGAGGAGGCACGGGGCUUCCCUGUGCAGGAGGCACCCACCCAUGCCUUCUAUGGAGAGGAGCCCCGCUUCUAUGCGCCCCGUGGCACCCCCAUCAAAACCGUCUACACUCAAGAUGCCCGGACAUACCCAGCCCUCGGCUCCUCAGCCAGGGUCUUCUACGCUGAGGACUACGGGAAGUACCGUGAGCGGGAGAUGCUUUCACGGACAUGCCCCCCUCCCCGCAGCACCCAGCCCUUGCACUUUGGCGAUUGGUACUGCCCCGAGCGGAGCGCGCUGCCUUACCAGAGCUUGCAGGUGUCGCGCUUUGCCCCACAGCCAGCUGGGCGUGAGGCCAUGCUGUCCUCCUGGCAUGCCAGCUACAGCACAAACCCCCCACGGCUGGGCCGGGACAGCCAGCACUACUCCAAAUCCUGGGACAACAUCCUGGCACCUGCAGCACGCAGGGAGGAUGCCCUGCAGCGUGGGCGCAGCUAUGAGAACCUACUUGCCCAGGAGCAGCACCGUGCCUUAUCCCCCGAUGAGCGCCGGCAGCCGGUGGUGAUCAACCUGUCAAGCUCACCCAAGCGCUACGCUGCCCUGUCCCUCUCAGAGAGCUCCAUCCUUGAACGUGUGCAUGCCGAUGGCAGCCGUGGCCCCCUGGGCCGCUCCUGGUACGUCACACCAGAGAUCACUAUCACCGACAAUGACAUCCGUGCCAACGGGCUGGGCAGGAGUGAGAGGCGCUCAGCCAGCUGGGAUGUGCUGGAUGCUGGGCGGGAGCAGGUGCCCUGCGCUGUGCCCUACGCCCCACAGCCUGUCUCCAAGGAGAGCGGAUCAGCACGCCAGCGCAGUCUGGAGCAGCUGGACGAGCUCAUCACCGACCUUGUUAUCGACUACAAGCCAGCACCGGGCCACCAUGCUGGAGACAGGGACAGCCUUGCCGAGCAGCUCAAGAAGCUCCUGAGCAGCAGUGCCCCGGGGCCACCCCGGCGGAGCGAGGGGAGAAAUGUUCCUCCUGGAGCGCCUGAGGGGCUCCGGCCUACAAAGGAGCAACCAGGUCCCAGCUCCUUUGGUAGCACCCCGCACCCCCAGCCCUCCCCGCCAGCCACCAGCACCUUUGAGAAGCCGCUGGAAAACUGCUCGCCCGACUUGAGCGCAGAGGAGGACGACAUGAUGAUGUGCUCGAAUGCCAAGUGCCGGCGGACAGAGACCAUGUUCAACGCCUGCCUCUACUUCAAGUCGUGCCACAGCUGCUACACAUACUACUGCUCCCGGCACUGCCGCCGCGAGGAUUGGGACACACACAAGGAAAGCUGCGUCUAUGGGCGUGUGGGCAGCGUCUGCCGCCACGUGCUGCAGUUCUGCCGGGAGAACACUGAGGUGCACAAGGCCUUCUCACGCAUCGCCAAGGUGGGCUACCUCUCCCGAGGCCGUGGCGUGCUCUUCCUGGGCUUCCCCAACUCAGGUUCGGCUGAGAACUUCCUCCAGUUUGGCCUGGAGAGCCUGCUCAUGUCCCCUACAUACCUGUCCUUGCGGGAGCUGGACAGCUACUCAGACAACCUGGGGGACUACGCCCGGGAGCUGCGGGAGACCGGCAACCAGUAUGACCCUGAUGAAUGUUUCCUCUUAAAUGUAACCGUGGCCGUGGCCCAGAAAGUGCCAGAGAGGCCGUCUCCGAAGAUGCAGGUGCCAACGGUCAGGAAAUAUGCCAAGGUGGCCUUAGCCUCCUCCAGCCCCGAGAAGAAGAUCCCGAAGAAGGAGCGGGACAUGGAGACCUUGAUCCUGACGCCACCACCUGGCACAGCGGACAUCGACAAGGAGGGCGAGGAGGGCCGCAAGGCGAGGGAGGUCUGCUUCAUCAACAUCCAGCGAGAGCUGCGCAUCCGUGGCGUAUUCCUGCGUCAUGAGUUCCCCACUGUCUACGAGCAGCUCUGCGACUUCGUGGAGAGCAACAAGCGCUUUACCCCCACCACCAUCUACCCCAUUGACAAGAGGACAGGCAAACAGUUCAUGUGCAUGAUCAUGGCAGCCUCCGAGCCCCGCACCUUGGACUGGGUGGCCAGCCCCAACCUCCUGGAUGACAUCAUGUGAACGUGGUGCAAGGCCCCCCCCCAGCCCCCGUUUGACCCCUUCUGUAGAUAGGUGUUUUCCUGUGGGUGCGGUGGGUCGGGCACCCUCUGGCCGCGGGGGCCGCACUGCCGGGGGCCGCACCCAGAGUUGCUGGGCCGG